AUGUACGAAAUUCAGUUGGAUGAAUGGAAAGAGUUCUAUGCUGGAUUCAAAGAGACGCCGAUGUUCAGCCACGUUGCUGUUUCUUCAGGAAUAUCUGAUCGUGAUUUUGAAAAGUUGAGCGAAAUUUGUAACGAAGUACCGGCUCUGGAAUAUAUCUGUAUUGAUGUUGCCAACGGUUACUCUGAAUACUUUAUUGACUUUAUUCGAAAAGUUCGAGAGCAGUUCCCUGGGCACACCAUCAUGGCAGGAAAUGUAGUGACUGGUGAAAUGGUCGAAGAGCUGAUUCUUUCUGGAGCUGAUAUUGUCAAGGUAGGAAUUGGUCCGGGAUCCGUCUGCACUACGCGCAAGAAAGCGGGAGUUGGAUACCCUCAAUUGAGCGCUACCAUGGAGUGUGCGGAUGCUGCGCAUGGCCUGAAUGGGCAUGUAAUAAGCGACGGGGGUUGCACGAACCCGGGCGACGUGGCCAAAGCAUUCGGUGGAGGCGCUGAUUUUGUCAUGAUUGGUGGUUUGUUCGCCGGACACGAUCAGAGUGGUGGUGACCUCAUUGAAAAAGAUGGACGGAAGUACAAGCUGUUCUAUGGUAUGAGCUCGGACACGGCAAUGCAUAAGCAUCAUGGAAGCGUCGCGGAAUACAGAGCCAGUGAAGGGAAAACCAUCACAAUUCCCUACAGAGGUGACGUAAAUAACACUAUACAGGAUAUACUGGGUGGAAUUAGAUCUGCAUGCACGUAUACUGGAGCUGCUAAGCUUAAGGAACUUUCCAAACGUACGACAUUCAUCAGGGUAACGCAACAAACGAACGAUAUGUAUGUUCCUUAUGAGAUCUGA